AUGGCCGCCCCCAACAGGAGAGAGGCCCCUGCUUGCAGGUGGUCCUUCACGUUGAAUAAUUAUGGCGAUGACGACCUGGCACGCUUGCGACUUGCGAAACAUCGACCCGCGGCAAUCAAGUUCAUGGUCGUAGGUGCGGAGGUGUCCCCGACCACCGGGACACCCCACCUACAGGGCUACGUCAACUUUUCCAGGAAGGUUCGUACCCCGCAGGUGAAAGGGCACCUAGGCGACAGAUGCCACGUGGAAAAGGCCGUCGGUAACGACCAUGACAACGAGCGGUACUGCUCGAAAGAUGGCAACGUCGUCGUGCGGAUGGGACAUCCCAUCAGACAGGGGCAGAGGAACGACCUGACGGCCGCCACCAAUUUCCUACAGGAAAAUGACGGCGACCUGUCUGCACUGGCGGAAGAAAUGCCAUCACCGCGGUCUAGAGGCCUAUGUCUCGUACGCCCGCCUGCAGCCGGCCCGUGA